AAAAAUGACUUGGCACACUGUGAUAGGCUAGGCCUGGUUUUUACCAAAUCAGUCUAGGGCUUAAAGAAAGAUUGAUUGACUCGAUUCCCUGCUCUUUUUUCAUUUCUCGAACUAGUCGAUUCCUUUCUUAACUUCCCCCAAAGGGUCUCUCUUUAAUCGAGAAGCCGAAGACGAUUUCAUUUUGGGGUAAUGGAAGAUUUGAAAUUGAGAACAAUGGAGGGUUUUCAAGAAUUGAAGACUCGGUUUGAGCCAUGGUGGAAUCAAGCUAUACAGUACAUUAAUCAGAUACCCGAAGAACAGCUCUAUGUAGCUCUUGGUGUUCUUAUCUUCACAAUCCUUUUCUUCAUUCUCAUUCGGUUGUUCAAACGCACCAAAUCUAACACCAUUGUACUCACUGGGCUUAGUGGAAGUGGCAAGACUGUUCUUUUCUAUCAGCUGCGGGAUGGCUCAUCGCAUCAGGGCACUGUUACAUCUAUGGAACCAAACGAGGGCACCUUUGUGCUGCAUUCUGAGAAAACAAAGAAUGGAAAAACGAAGCCGGUUCAUCUUGUUGAUGUUCCUGGGCAUUCUCGUCUUCGACCUAAGCUAGAUGACUUUUUGCCUCAAGCAGCCGGUCUAGUUUUUGUGGUGGAUGCUUUGGAAUUUUUACCAAAUUGUCGUGCUGCAUCAGAGUACCUUUAUGAUGUUCUAACCAAGGCUAGUGUUGUGACGAAGAAGAUUCCAGUGCUUAUUCUCUGCAACAAAACAGAUAAAGUGACAGCACAUACUAAGGAGUUUAUCAGGAAACAAAUGGAGAAGGAAAUUGACAAAUUGCGAGCAUCAAGAAGUGCAGUAUCAGAAGCUGAUAUUGCAAAUGAGUUCACUCUUGGCGUACCAGGAGAAGUGUUUUCGUUCUCUCAGUGCCAUAACAAAGUUACAGUUGCUGAGGCAUCCGGAUUAAAGGGUGAAAUAUCUCAAGUAGAGCAGUUCAUUAGGGAGCAUGUAAAGCCCUAGUUUCAUGAAAUGAAAGAAAUUAUGGCUUAAGAGCUUUCUCAAGAGUGCCUCCUGAUGUUCAGAAUCAACAAGGCUGCUAAUAGCUUAAAGGCAGGUAAAGUAGAGUUUGUAGAGCUUAGCAAAGUAAAUGUAAACGAAGAGAAAACAAGAGAGAGGUCGUUAAUCAUGGUUUGGCGAGAGCCCUUUUGAGAGUUGAACUUGAAAGAUUGAUGUACUAUGACAACUGUUUAUGGAUGUUUCCUUUACCAAUUUGAAACAUUUUCAACUGA